AAGCCGGACCUGGGCUCGAGCCGGGACCCCGCGCUUGGGACGGGGAGCAGAAGGGCUGGGGUGCUGCGGCCCGCCGCUGGGAAUUCGUUAUUCCCCCGCCCGGCUCGGAGCGGCCGCCGCCUCCCGCCCAGUGGCGCGCGAUCCUUUCCAGUGGCCGCCACCCCACCUUUUCCUCGCCCGGAGCUGCCCACGGCCGUUAGCCCUCUCUGUCCGGGGUGUGCUGCCCGGGCUUGCGCUGGGCCAGGGACCUGGGCUCAGCCGCCUACUCACUUUCCCACUUCCUCCUGCAGCGGCUCCUGACAGCUCCCUCCGCGGAAAGAGGGGCCGGCGGCCGCGCGGCUGCAGCCAGACGGCGGGGAGGCGGAGAUGGAUGUUACCAAGAAGGAAGAUGUUCUUCUCUUGGCCAAUGAAGAGUUUGACUUCGAUCUCUCGUUGUCUUCUUCGAGUGCAAAUGAAGAUGACGAGGUCUUUUUUGGACCAGUUGGGCAUAAAGAGCGAUGCAUUGCUGCCAGCCUGGAGUUAAACGACCGGGUCCCUGCACCGCCUGCCUCCGCCUCUGCCUCCGCCUCGGCCUCGGCCUGCGACUGGAGCCCGCUCACCGCGGAGAAGUUCGUGGAAGUGUACAAGGAGGCGCACCUGCUGGCUCUGCAGAUCGAGAGCCAGAGCAGGACCCAGGCGACCCCCGCUGCCCAGCCUGAGAAACCCGGGAGCCAGGCCAUGGAAAGUUUCAUCCAGGAAUCAAAGCUAAAAAUGAGCCUCUUUGAGAAGGAACAGGAAACUGAGAAAAGCCCCAGGUCACUUAAAAGAGAAACGUACUGCCUGUCAGACAGCCCCUUGGUGGGGACACCGCUCUUGGGAGGGCAGCCUGCCUCGGCCGAGCCCCUGCACCCGGCCCCAGCCCCGGCCCCCGCCAGCCCAGCCCCCAGGGGCCCCGGCCCAGCGCAGAGGCUGCAGCCCUUGGCUCAGGCUUUGCCUAGAGACCCGCAGCCUGCUCACCCUCCGGGUCAGGCCAGGCCUCAGAAGAGGGUGCUCAGCAAGCUGCCGCUGCCCCGAGUUUUGGCUACAAGAGGACGGCACCUUUACCUGGCUGCAGAGAAGCCCAAGAAAGAGGCACCAGCGAGUCCCUCCCAGGGGAAAGUCCUGAGCCAAAGGCAGCCACACAGUGCUGGGUUCCCGGACAGACGCCGCGCGGCCCGGGAUGCUGCCGGCAGCCUCGGGGGCCACGGCGCGCGAUCGCUCCCCGUCCCCAGCAAGGUGGGACUGAAGAAGGGCCUGGGAAAGCCCGCCGGCUGCGCUGGCAGCGCCACGAGGAGGUCCUGCUCCUCCUCCUCCUCCCGCUCCUCCUCAGGCUCCGCCUCGGCCAGUGCCUGCUCAUCCCCAGUCGCAGACAAAGCAGAGCCAGGCAAACUGCCCAGCACCAGCAAGUCGGGCAGGCCGGGCCCCGCCUCUCCGAGCCAGGCUCUGCCCGAAGCAGGGGUGUCCUGCAGCCAGGCCGGAAGGAGCGAUGCUGCCACUGCGUCCUCAGUGCCCCCCAUAGCUCCCCCAAGCCAGCCCCGGACCCCGGAAAGCUCCAUUUGGUCAGCAUCUUCUGAACUGAAUAGAACUCGAAGCAUAGCACGGCGAGACUCCUGUCCGAACUCCAGGACGAGGGUUGUGCCCACCCCUGCCAAUCCAUUUAAAGUGCCCAGGUUUUCCAUCGGCGGGUCCCCCAACGGUGUGACACCAAAGUUCUCGAGGGCGCAGAGGCUGCAGUCCUGGGCAUCUGCUGGCAGGGCCGUGGUUCAUAGCACUCCUGUGAGACGUUCUUCGGGGCCAGCUUCACAGAGCCCCUCGGGCAGCACGAGGACCCCCGUGAGUGCAAGACGGAUGUCCACGUUGCCCACACCCGCCAGCAGGCGCCUCUCUGGCCUCCCACUGAUGACCCCCAGAACCGUGCCCAGGGCCCUGGUGCCCCCGCUGUGUACCCCUGCCCGGCAGCUGUCUUCUGAGCCCCGGAGAAGAUCCACAGUGGGCACCGAGCCGGCGAGGGACAGUGGCCCGGGGCAGGUGGCCCCCUCACCUGGCGAUGGCUUCUCUCCUCCUCCCCCUGUGCCCCAAGCCCUUUGCUUCUCCCCAGAGAAAAGCGAUCCUUUCUCAGAAGGCCCCGUCACAGGGCCAGCUCAGGACGAGGCCAAGCCCAAGGAGGACACCCACCCCGCUGAGGUGGCUGACACAGCAGUGCCGGACUGUCCUCCCCUGCGCAUCCCUGCCCAGACCCUGCUUGUGGACCUUGGGCUAGACCAGCUCACCAUCUCUCCCUGGGCCGAGAGCCGACCCCUGGCAGACCUCCUGCUCAUCGACCUUGGCGGCACUCCAGGAGCUGACGUGCCCUCGGGGCCUGCAAGCGGACCCCUGAUUGACCUCACCACCAACACCCCUGACAUGAGCAGACACGGCGAGUCCAAAGCUCUGCAGCCCGAGGGACAGCUCAUCGACCUGUGCUCGCCUCUCAUCCAGCUGAGCCCCGAGGCUGACAAAGAAAACCUGGACUCGCCGCUCCUCAAGUUCUGAUAACAGCCUGAGAGCUGCUACGCUGUGUGAAAGGAACAGCGGGUCCUAAAGCGGCUCUCGACCCUCAGAAAUGUGGUACAGGAAACUGAUUUUUUAAAAAAGGCUACGUGCAUUUUCUGCGCCUGGAAGGGGCGGCUGGGGACAGUUCUGCUUCCUCAGCUCCUCUCCUUCCAUUCCCAGGCUGGGAUGCAGCGCUCUAAAUGAAGAAUGUAAGGUUUCUGUAUGUAAAAUAGCAAGCACCUAAUCUUAAAGUUAAAUCUGUAUGAAAUGUUAAAUAAUCUAGAUUUAAGUUAAGUUGUAAAAUAAAAGUAUAUUAAAACAUA